UAUGGUACGCGUACAUACGUCGCAUGCCUGACAUGUCAAAAUUUCCCUCCACGAAACGGCAUGGUGACGUGUAUAAUAAGCCUUGAACCACCCGUUUCGCUGAUUGUGGAGAGAGUUUGUUGCCACUGACGCGUGCUGUAGACUCUAACCGCUUCAUCGUUGUUUGGAUUCAAGCUGUGGAUCAAAGACAGAAAGAACACACCGUUUUAUAUGUAACGUUCACGUUAUUCUUGUAAAAAGUUGUAGAGUGUGCUUCGUGACUGUUGAGCGGACGGCCUGAUCCGCACGUUGGCGUGGUUAUUGACACAGAGCAGGCAUGGAUUGAUUGAGUCGUUCAUAGUUGAACCAUAGUUGAAUGUGUUAUGUAAUGUACACAUGCACAUCGUACACGGGAUUUCGUCUCAUUACUGAGACGUUAACGAGAGACUGAUCGAAGCAUUAACCCCUGAAGAUAAAAAGAUUAUUUGGGCGCGUGACAAGUGGGUAGGCAGUCAACAGUUGUGCAGCACUGAACCGUACCGGUACCGCAGUUCGUCUGCGCAGCAGCUAGGCCCAGUGCCUAACGAGAUUUUGCAAGUUGUGGGCCUACGUACAUGUACGUUGCCUCAGAAAUGUCAGCACCCAAGAAGCCAGACCCUCCGGUUGUGGGCAAAGUAACACACCACACCAUUGAGCUGUUGUGGGACGCAGCCGGCCACGCAGACAGUGUGGACAAGGGGGACGGCAGACUACGCUUUGCAGUGCAAGAAGCGGAUAGGAUUCAGGGCUGGGGAAACGUAUACACCGGCUAUGCAACAAACAACGUCUUCCAAGGGCUGGAACCCAACACCCUUUACAAGUACCGGCUCCGCGUGUUCAACAACCACGGAAGUAGCGAGUUCAGCAGAGUCGUGACCGUCUCGACAACAAAGGAACCAUUGACUGGGGACCAGCUGCACAAAGCGGUGUCAUUGACUCAGGAUGUGAAUCGCGUGGCCGAGAUUCUGGAGUCAGGGGAUGUCUGGGUGGACGUACCAGACACCUUUGGCCUGUCUCCCCUCAUGCAGGCCUCCCAGAAGGGAAACAUUGAAAUGAUCGAGACGCUGCUGAGAUACGGAGCCGACGUCAACGCGGUGAACGGAAGCGGGAAGGACAGCCUCAUGUUGGCUUGCUUUGCCGGCCACUUGCCAGUGGUCAAGUUGCUGCGGUCCUACAACGCCUCGUAUGUGAACCGGGAUAAAGGGGGCUCGACGGCCAUGCACUGGGCAGUGGACGGUGGCAACGUGGCUCUGAUCCAGUCCCUGAUUGCUGAUGGAGCUUCGGUCAGUGAAAAGGACUGGGGCUCAGGCUGGACACCCCUGCUUCGCUGUGCUGCCAUGGCUGGCGAUUCCAGUGUUGCCAGGGUGCUCAUCAAUGCGGGGGCAGAGGUCAACAUCAAGGACAAAGAUGGAAAGACGCCCCUGAUGAUUGCAAGUUUGAAUGGCCAUGUUUCCCUGGUGCAGCUUUUGGUUGAGAAGGGGGCUGACCCGACAGUGCGCACCGAGUUUGGCAUGUCUGCCGUCGAAAUGGCACACUCGUUUGACCGGAAGAGAGUCAUGAAGUACUACGCCGAGAUACUAGAAAAAGGCAAGCUGAAGAAAGGUAUCGCCUGCAGUUGAUCAGCAGUGAAUGCAAUCCUUCCAACUACCCGACCGUCCAUUUUACGUAUUACGGCCCGCAGAUCUCACAGUGAAAUCCCCUGCGUUGCCUUUUUUUUUUGAGCAAAGUUCUGCCCUUUAGUCUGGCUGUGGACGUUGGACUUAACGUGGGGUUUCGUAAACUUGUUAGCCUCCUGCCAAUCAAAGCAGCCUAGUUCUAAUUUAUCACUUUAUCUUUUGGAUCAAUUGUUGAUUACUGCAGUACUGACUAUCCACAUAGUAUCCAGUUAGGGGUGUUGAGAACUUUGGUGAAUAGAGGUACAGCUACAAGUAAAUUUGUAGAAUGAUUGAGGCUUAGCAAACCUUGUGGUUUCAUAAGCCAGGUGUUCACUGUUCAGGAUGCAAAAAACUCCCUAUAGUGUAUGGUGGUGUAACUGGGGAUACUUUUUUUUUUGGGGGGGAGGUUACGUUGGCGCCCUCAUUUUUUGAAGGGAGGCACUCAGUGCGUUCGAUCACCGUUGAAAAGCUGACCAAGGUGGACUUUCACCAGAGUUUUUCCUCUUCCAAUUUCUUAGUGGAGGGGCAUGCCUUCCAUCCACCAUCGCCCCCUUAGUUGCGCCACUGGUAGUGUAGCAAGAAAGACCAUGGAUAUUUGUGGUGGGGUCCGCUGUCCUGCUUAUGUAUCAUUCUCUGUGAGCCUCAAAUUAAUUUGCUGCAUGCUUUAAUACACAGGAGUGUCAUAGGUACAUAUUUUUUCCAAUACAAGGAUGGGAUUAACUUUGUUUCAGUACCACAUUUAUAUUCAGUUGGAUGCUAAGCGUGAACAAAGUAUGUACAAAGUAUGGGGUUGUGCAUCGUCCAUACAAGAACAUGCACAUCCAAUCUUCAGGUUGUGGACAGUGUAUAUAAAGUACAAUGCCGAUUUAUGGUCAGGACCUUUGAGCUGUUUAAAGAUUACUGUGGCCAGUCUUAAGUUUGUGAACAAUCGCCAUGGACAUCAUUGGACCGUCGCAAUUUUGAUGAAACAUGCCAGAUUUGCACUAUAGUUUUGUUUAUAUUUGGAAAGAAUGCAAAAUUAAAACAAGCAGUAAUGUGGAGAUUUACUCUGAGGUACCUUCCAAAACAACUGCAAAACCUUGUAAAAGUUGAGAUAAACCUAAGCUUACCGUAUGUUUAAUUUCACUUUCCCCCAGAUCAGUUUAUGUCGCUGAAGUUAUGACCAUUUUCUGUAUCAUUAAUUGUGAGCAGUUUUUGAUAUUUCAGUUAUCUUACUUUUGCUCUUAAUACAGGGAGAAUGCAGGCAUUCAGCGUCUUGAAUACAAAACUAUACAUUUUCUUGUUGGUGAAUGAGUUACACAGUGUGAGCUGAGAUUUUCCUCAUUUUUUUAGAUAUUUGUUUUAUUUUUUAAUUUUUUUUUGGAAGACGACAUUUCAGGCAUUUAACCCCAUUGAUUCUGCAUCAAAGAUAUCAUAGCUUUCACAUAGACGGAGUACAUCCAUUGGAGCUGCGGCUCAACCACAUCUACAGGCAAGUACAGGUGCAAAUGAUAGUUGGACCUCCACUCAGUUGCACACAUGCACGAUGUCAGUUGUUGAACUGUUUUGUAAAAUCUCACCGCAACUCGCAUGUUGUAUUCAGCUGAGACUUUUGCAGUGUACAUGGUCAAUAUCAUUUUGGACAGGUUUAUGUUUUUUCAUGUGAAUUGUUUCCUCUAUAUUGAUAUAUUGAAUUGGCCCAAAUUAGCAAUGUGACCAUGCCCCAGGGCCUGGUUCCAGAUGUUUGACUAGAUGGUCCAAACUUUCUGACAUUUGGGCAGUGUUGGUCAAACUGUAGUCAACCACAACUUGUACAGUCGUCACUCAUAGUUGUCCCGUAAAGUUUGUGUUACCAAAAGGGUUCACCUUUCGUAUUGAAGGGGGGCGUGAGCAAGUGGUUAGGAUGAUACAUGACCAGAGGAUCAGGAGUUCUAAUCUGGUAGGCCAGUCCUAAAUUGUAGCCAUGGGUGUGUCACUUCUGACCCCUACCUUGCUCCUACUGGCAUUAGCUAGUGAGCUAUCUUUUAUGGACUGAGAUGUCAUCCAGGGGCAGUGGAAAUAUUCUCAGUCAUUUCAUGCCAAGGAAACUGAAGAUAAAACAUCUGUGUGACAGGCCAAACGGCUUCAGCAAAUAUUGCUCUGCUUGCUUAUCGAAAGGCACAGAAAAAGGGGGCAGAGUCACACGUAAGAGUGAGGAUGAACCUUGAAUACGUGUAUGUAAAAAGUAUGGAAUGUCUCAUCCCAAAUCCCAGGCCUCCAUUUCCCUGUCCAAACACCCCCCUACAAAUUAUUCUUUCAUCUUUCUGAGCUUCACUGCCUGAAACAACGUUCUCCCACCUGUCAAAUUAUAAUUACCUAUAUUAAAUAUUACUCAGCUGAUAACUGUAUAUUUUGGCCUGAAUUUAAAUAUUAAAUGAAUUCUUCUUGGAAAAUCCGUCCAGAAGUUGACAGUUAAAAGAGUUUGGCCCAUCAAAAGGCUUGAUUUUACACUUGCUUUUUAAGUAUUCCAAUGUAUUGCAUUUAUUUGUUAAUAUAUGCAUUUCAGUUACAAAAAGUGUAAUUUCAGUUUUUAAAAAUUUAGAGUUUAUUAGAGCAGCUGUUGUAGCCACGUUCCUUUUUUAUACAUUAAUCGGUGAGCAUAUGUUCAUUGUACAUAUUUUGAUGCUGUCAAGGCCAAAUCCCAAUUAAAAAACAACACUGUCAAUUCUUGUUCCUCGUUCGAUUGACGAA